GAGGGGCUGUGUUCCGUAGGGCUGCCAGUGAGGAGAAAAGUGUCAUUAUCUGCAUUUCCAGAUAUGGAUUAUACUGUAGUUUUCUGUUUACUUUUAGAAUGUGUGACCAUUUCACUGGGCAAAACCCUUCCAACGCCCCCGACACUCAGGAAGGAUGGCAAGAGCGAAGGAAGUCUGUAUACUCCAUCCACAACCGAAGGCUACACGACAAAGAGUCAGUCAGCCACGACGCCACAGCUGCCUAAGGAGAAAACUACACCUCGGAAUCUAGUGCCUGCCACAAGCGCUUCUGACUAUGGAGAGACAAUGGGCCCUCAAAUAGUGACAUUUCCUAUGCCCUUGAUGACUCCGGAUAUCUCGGAUAAAGGCCGCAUAUUUCCAAGUAUCCCGAGUACCCCGCCGCUUUGGGAUACGGCCCAAUAUCCUUUGGGCGAGAAGGUGUCCACGCCUCUCCCGAACAUAUUACAGGAUACCAUGGCUGUGGGAAACAUGCCCGAGUUCCGUGCAACCGAGGGGAACAUUCUUCAGGAUCCCGAGGCCGUCUGGAAUACGGCCCAGAACCCCUUUUAUGAAGUGAAUAUGCCACUAGGUUUUCUCGAUGAAACACAGGAAGCGACACCUCCACACCUGCCCUCCGUGUUGAAGGUGGACCUCGGAAACACGACGCAGACUCCGGGCGAGGGGGAAGCUAAGCAACUGCCGGAAACGGAGCCCCAGGACCCCGCUACUCAAGGGGGUAUCAAACAGACGCCAAUAGCCAUCGAACUUACGCCGGAUAUGAAACUGGAUCGCCUUGAAGUAAAGGCAAAUAAAGUUAUCUUACACGGAUAUCCAUGCCCCUGCCCGCCAGACGUGCCCUGCUAUUGCCCCAUUGAUUUGUGAUGUUUCCAUGAUAAGGAAAGUGUGUGUGUGUGUGUGUGUGUGUGUGUGUGUGUGUGUGUGUGUGUGUGUGUGUGUGUGUGUUGUGUGUGUGUGUGUGUGUGUGUGUGUGUG